CAAGAUGCUCACGUGAUCUGCAGAAUGCUUGGUUACAAAGCAGCUGAACACGCAAUUGGGAUUAUUGAAAGAGAUACACCAAGAAUAACGUUCAUGUAUGAUGUGGGAUGCAGUGGUAGAGAAAAGUCGAUAGCAGAGUGUGCUCACCAUGGAUGGUGGACAAUUUAUUAUCACUGCUCGAAUAAAUAUCUUUCUGGUGUGGUUUGUCAGACAAAUGAAGAUCCUCCACCAGUUCAAGUUCGUUUAGCUGGAGGAAGGUCAGACAAUUCUGGUCGACUUGAAGUCAGGUACCAUGGUCAGUGGGGUACUGUAUGCGAUGAUGGAUGGGACAUAAAAGACGCUGAGGUGGUGUGUCGUAUGCUUGGUUACCCUGGAGUACAGGAAUACCUAACCACCAAAUUUACACCCGUCAAGGGUAUAAUAUGGCUGAUAUACGUUGGUUGUACAGGAAGAGAAACGUCGAUUACAGACUGUAGUCACAAUGGAUGGGGUAAUUCGCGUUGUACCCAUAGUGAAGACGUUGGAGUGAAGUGUAAGAUGGGUACGUUAUUGAAAAAAAACAAAUGUGUACCGCUUCGAAUUUCAUGUUCCGUAUCUACUGCAAAUUAA